AUGGAUAACGUGUAUGAGCGUGCAAUGCGUGAGCACUGGGAGAACAGCCUUCUCGGAAUACAGUUUUGGGAAGAUGCGACUAAACGUGGUGAGGAGCUUGCUAGAAGUGAGACACAAGGUAUGUCUUUACAUAUGCUGGGUCAUUGUUCUAUUGAAUGCCUUACAACCCUACCGGCAAGCGUGCCCGUUGAUAUAUACUUCAGUCCCGCUCAGUCACCUUCUAAGAACCCUGUUCAAACUGCUGUCACGAGUUCCCCAGAGACCAGUCCUAAGAGGAAGAAGAGUCGCUUUCAACUCUCCCAUCUUGCUUCUUUGAAUAAUCUGCGACUUCGGGACACCGCUCACCCGUCCCCCUCAGGAAGUGAUACCACGACCUCACCUGAGAAGAGUCCUGCAAAGAGUGAGAAGAGUUCAAAGAAGAGUAGCUUACGCCUUCCAAAACUUCCCUCAUUUAAGUCUCUCAGUCUCAAGCGCCGAGGCCCCAUCCUCGCGUCGACUGCAGGCAUUGUUGAGCUCCAAAAGCCUACUCGUCCUUCAAUCCUGUCUCCUUCGACUUUCCUUCCCCCCGAUUCUCCUCUUCCUCCCAUCCCCAACCCUCCCCGUCCUGCCUUUCGUUCUCUCUACAAAGGACCUUCUGCUCCCGACUUGGAUAUCGCUCCCCCCAACGCCCCUGAGGACUUCCAUCCUUUUCCUAGAGUCCCUAACCAGCUCAGCAUUGUCAGUUUCCAAGAGUGGCUUGAACGGCAAAGUGAGCCUCGCCCUGAAAUUGUGCCCACUCCUCACUCAGCUCACAUUUCUCGCAUCAGCUUGAUGGCUUACCUCAAUAACGGCGGCACUUGGGAUAAUAUCUCCCGCACCAAGUCGGUCCUGAAACUGAACAUGUUUUUCGAUGCUCGCAAGGUCCCCCCCGAGAGCCUUAUUGAUCUCGACGAUGACCACACUAUCGAUAAAGGUACCAUGACCGACGAGGUCAUGAUGGUCGACAGAGCUAUUAUGACUGACUCCACCAUCAGGGCUUCCAUAAAAAAAACCAUCACUGUGGUCGACAAGGCCACCAUGACUGAACCUGACAUUAAGGGUUCUGGCACCGACAAGGGAACUGCCGAGACUGAUGUUAGCAUGGAGUGUGCUACCAACGAGCUGACCACCGGCGACCAUCUGGCGACUGACAAGGCCACCGUCGAGACUGACAAUACCAUGAAGGCUGUUGCUACACCUGAGGGCAAUGAGCCCAUCUUGAAGAAAUCUGCUGCCGAGCAAGCCACCAUUGAGCAGGCCGGUAUCAACACGAAGUGUGCUACCGAGGAGCAGACCACCAAUGACAACCCUGCGACUGAUAGAUCCUCCAUGAUGGACCUCGACAUUGAGAGCUCUGCUACCGGAAGUCUGGCCACCGGCACCAAGAAUGCCGAAGGCAAGGCCACCGUCCAUAACUGGAACCUGUAUAGUCCCAGUGCGAUCAGGGAGACCGCCACCGACGACCAGGCUACCCACCACUCCGCCAAGAAACCAGAGGAUGAGAUCAAAAUCACCAUUCUCACCCUGGAACAGAUGUGGCCCUUGACCGAGUUCCGCAACCUGCGCGUUCUAAAGCUAGUUGGUAUGAUGAAGUCCUACCAGCCUGUGAUCUGGCAGGCGGUUUGGUUGAACCCCCAGCUCGUCACUCUCGAGCUCGAGAUGGCAGUGGGCUUGGACAUUGAGAAUCCAGUUGGCCCAAGUGGCUGGAAGCCUAUCAAGAAGGGAUGGGUAAUGAACAUUAAGUCGUGGGCCUCGCCCGUUUACUAUGGCCGAGGCGACGGAGAAAUUAGCACCAAGAUUGGGUACGGCGAGUACCUUGACAAGUGCUGCAUUGAGAAGGCAAAGGUACUGGCCCACGGCACCGGUUUCCCCGUCCCCCGCUACCUGCCGGUCAAGCAUCUCACCUUGACCGGCUUCGCCGUGGACGGGGCCGCCUUCGCGAUGUGGUUCGGGAACCUCGAGGAGGUUCACUUCAAGAAGGACUGCAUCGACUGCGGUUUCUGGCUGUCUCGCGCUCAGCGAGACGUCCGAGUUCGUCACUCGGACGAGUUCGGAGUUGCCCGGGGCGGGGACGGGCCCUCCGGGGCCAACUCCAUCGAGGAGCUCGGUGAGGAGGCACUUGCCGAGCUCACCGCUGCCGUGAGAGGCCUGGGGGCCUCGAGGAUGUGA